AUGUCAAAGAAGGGCCGGGGCAAGGGCGAGAAGCCUGAGAUGGAGCCGGAUGCUGUGCAGAUGGCCAACGAGGAGCUGCGGGCCCGGCUGACCAGCCUGCAGAUCGAGUUCCAGCAGGAGAAGAGCAAGGUGAGCAAACUGCGCGAGCGGCUGCAGGAGGCUCGGCUGGAGCGGGAGCAGGAGCAGCGGCGCCACACGGCCUUCCUGUCCGAGCUGCGCGCCAAGCUGCACGAAGACAAGACGCGCGAGCUGCAGGCGCUGCGCGAGGCGCUCAUCCGGCAGCACGAGCAGGAGGCGGCGCGCGCCGCCAAGAUCAAGGAGGGCGAGCUGCAGCGGCUGCAGGCCACGGUGACCCUGCUGCGCGAUGGCGCGGCGGACAAGGUGAAGACGGCGCUGCUGGCCGAGGCGCGCGAGGAGGCGCGCAGGGCCUUCGACGGCGAGCGCCUGCGGCUGCAGCAGGAGAUCCUGGAGCUGAAGGCGGCGCGCCGGCAGGCGGAGGAGGCGCUCAGCACCUGCGUGCAGGCGGACAAGGCCAAGGCGGCCGAUUUGCGCGCCGCCUACCAGGCGCACCAGGACGAAGUGCAGCGCACGAAGCGGGAGAGCGAGCGCGACAUCCGCCGCCUGAUGGAGGAGAUCAAGGGGAAGGACCGUGUAAUCCUGGCCCUGGAGAAGGAGCUGGGGGUGCAGACGGGCCAGACCCAGAAGCUGCUGCUUCAGAAGGAGGCGCUGGAUGAGCAGCUGGUCCAAGUCAAGGAGGCCGAGCGACACCACGGCAGCCCCAAGAAGGAGCUCCCGCCGGGCAUCGGAGACAUGGCGGAGCUCAUGGGCAGCCAGGAUCAGCACAUGGACGAGCGGGACGUGAGGAGAUUCCUACUGAAAAUCGCCGAGCUGAACUCGGUGGUGCGGAAGCUGGAAGACAGAAACACGCUCCUGGCGGAUGAGAGGAAUGAGCUGCGCUCAGUGCACCGGCCAUCCUGGCUCUGCCUCCCUCCGUCCCUGCCCUUGUCCCUUGAGCCUGCAUCCAGUGUCCUGACCACUGGUGGGCUGGGUGGGCGCACGGGCAGUGACCUGGGUGCCCGCUCCUUGCAGAAGGAGAAGCUGUCAGUGUCGCUGAAGCGACACAUGCCCAUGAACGACCUCAGCCUGACGCGGGACGAGCAAGAGAUGGAGUUCUUGCGGCUGCAGGUGCUGGAGCAGCAGCGUGUCAUCGAUGACCUGUGCCUGGAACGAGAGCGGCUGCUUCGCUCCAGGAGACAGCGCGGGCGGAGCCUGAAGCCGCCCAAGAAGCAUGUUGUGGAGACAUUUUUUGGAUUUGAUGAGGAGUCCGUGGACUCGGAAACAUUAUCGGAAACAUCCUACAACACGGACAGGACAGAUAGGACGCCAGCCACACCUGAGGAAGAUAUGGAUGAGACCACGAGCAGAGAGGAGUCUGACCUACGGUUCUGCCAGCUGACCAGGGAAUACCAGGCACUGCAACGAGCCUACGCCCUGCUCCAGGGGCAGGUGGGCGGGACGCUGGAUGCAGAGAGAGAGGCCCGGACUCGCGAGCAGCUGCAAGCUGACCUGCUGCGUUGCCAGGCCAAAAUCGAAGACCUGGAGAAGUUACUGGUGGAGAAAGGACAGGAUGCCACGUGGGUCGAGGAAAAGCAGCUGCUCAUUAGAACAAACCAGGACCUGCUGGAAAAGAUUUACCGGCUGGAGGUGGAGGAGAGCCAGCUGAAGGACGAGAUGCAGGACGCCAGGGACCAGAACGAGCUGCUAGAGUUCCGGGUGCUGGAACUGGAAGAGAGAGAGCGGAGGUCGCCAGCCUUCACCCUCCACAUCAGCACCUUCCCCGAGAGCAGCUGCAGUGCCCUCCAGCUAUUCUGUCACCAGGAAGGAGUGAAGGACGUGAAUGUCUCUGAGCUUAUGAAGAAGCUAGAUAUCCUUGGUGAUAAUGGGAAUCUGAGAAAUGACGAGCAGGUGGCCAUCAUCCAGGCUGGGACUGUGCUGGGCCUCUGCGAGAAGUGGCUGAAGCAGAUUGAAGGCACCGAGGCUGCCCUGACCCAGAAGAUGUUGGACCUGGAAAAGGAGAAGGACCUGUUCAGCCGGCAGAAAGGUUACCUAGAGGAGGAGCUGGACUACAGGAAGGCGGCCCUGGACCAGGCUCACCUGAAAAUCCAGGAGCUGGAGGCCACGCUGUACGAUGCACUGCAGCAGGAGCCAGGCUGCAGGGUGGCUGCGACACUGAGUGAGGGCCAGCGUGAGGACCUGCAGGCGGCCGUGGAGAAGAUGCGUCGGCAGAUGCUGAGGCAGGGCCGUGAGUGUGACAGCCAGGUGCUGCGGGUGCGCAUGGAGCAACUGCAGCAGGCGCAGCAGAGGGUCCGGGAGCUGGAGGACAAGCUGGAGGCUCAGAAGAGGCACCUGAAAGAGCUGGAGGAGAAGUUUUUGUUCCUGUUUUUGUUUUUCUCACUAGCAUUCAUUCUGUGGCCUUGA